GAGGGAAUGGGGAGGGGGCAGUUGAAGUGGUUAACAACCCAGCCCUUUGCCAGAGCAAGAAGGAAUCAUUUCACCUCGGCGGCAGGCAGGGGUAACAAACACCGCCUAUUAUUAUUAAGCGUCCGAGACACCCUCCCUCUUCUUCCUCCCAAAUCUUUCACCGCCCCCUCCCUCUUACCCUGCGGUCAAAUUGCGAUCCAUAGCUCCGGCGCGGCGCCAAGGAGAAGAAACCGCGAAUUUUUUCAAGAACAGAGAGAGGCAGAGAGAUCAUGAGGCCGCUCUCGAGUUCUUGAAUCGUUCCAGCAUUUCCCGUUGGCAGGGCGAAUUGAUUGAUGGCCUCCAGGAGGGCUCGUGUGGUGGCGCCGGGUCCAGGGAACUAAGGAGGAGCUCUUGCUGUUUUUAGACUAUUGGACAUGUAUUCAGGCCAGCAGUCUGAUCAAGGUCCUGCUGCAAACAGUGGCAAAGAAUUCUUGGAGGGCAACUGGGGUUCUGUAGCAAUGCAUCAAAAGAUGGGGUAUGACAGCGCGGCAUAUGGGUUUCAAGCUUAUGGCAUGGAGUUAGAAGAGAGACCAGGUCUGUACAGAUCUUCUGCUGGUGCAUUCUCCCAAAACAUCCAGAUGAGUGAUGAGCAUAGUGGUGGUGUGAAGAAAAGGAAGGGAACAGAUGACUGCAUUGCGUUGCUAAACCCAUCAGCCAGUAGCAAGAAUGUGGGUGAUCAACAAACAGAGGUUUCGUCUCAGCCGGAAAGGAACUCGGUGGAGAGGGACAACAGAAAGAUCUCGCCCAAAACGCAAAGCAAGGAAGAUUCUUCGGACGGUGAUGGCACUAAAGAAAAUUAUGUUCAUUUCCGGGCAAAGCGAGGCCAAGCCACUAACAGCCACAGCCUUGCGGAAAGACUGAGGAGGAAAAAGAUAAGUGAGAGAAUGAAGCUUCUUCAGGAUCUUGUUCCAGGGUGUAAUAAGAUUACUGGCAAGGCAGUCAUGCUUGAUGAGAUAAUCAAUUACGUGCAGUCAUUACAACGACAAGUAGAGUUUUUGUCAAUGAAACUUGCAACUGUGAACCCUGAGCUUGGCUUUGAUAUUGAGCAGAUUCUAUCCAAACAAAUGAUGCUUCCUCAAGACAGGCGCCUUGGUUUCUAUGGAGCUGACCCAGGAUCAAGCGCCCUUAUUGCUCAUUUCAACCAAGGAAUGAUGCAUCCAGAUAUGAUGUGCAAUGCUUCCAAUCCAGCGGGUGCUCUGCACGGAACAAUUCAUGACAUCUCCAUGAUGAACCAGAUGCCUGAGAUGUGGGAGACUCUUCAGAACAUUCCUCAUAUGAACUUCAACCCUGCUGUGGCUGCAGAUAGCAGCACCAACAAUGCUGGUCCCAUGAAGAUUGAACAGUGAGUUGCUGGUAUGAUUCUGGAGUUGUUCUGUGAACCGUAAAGCGCUUGCAGAAUCAAGUUUUGUAUAGCUGGAUGCCUAACCAUUAGUUACCGAUCUCCUCCUUUUGCUGCCCGACCCCGUAGCGUAUGGUUUAUGGUAUGGCAUCGAAGGAUCUCGUGUACAGCUGGGCUCAAGAACUGCUGAUUCCACCGUAAAUUUCUGUUGCGUUAGCUCGUCGAAAGCAGGAACCCUGUGUUAUUCAUGAAUUCCAAGCUUGGGAUCAAUUGUGGAUGCCCUAAGCGUACUAAGUAGACUGGCUUAUUAGUAUUGCCCUAAGUAGUGAAGUGACUUUUGUCAAGAGUUUCAGAGGUUCAUGCAAUCAUGCAUUAUCAACGAGAUAUUCUAGAGCAGA